CAUACGCACCCGCGCAGCCCUGCGGAGCUAUGCGUCCGCGGCGCUCUCCUCCUCUCCUCAGUGUUUCCUCACUGAUCAGUCUCUGGGCCUGUAUCGAUCGUCGCCGUAUGCAUUGUUUGUGAUUCGAUUUUCAUCAUUCUGAUAUGCUAAUGAUGGUUGUCAGCAGCGGUGUCGACCGGAGCUGAGGGCGGCGGAGAGAGACUCAGAGAGGGGAAGAGAUGAGAGGACGCGCCGCAUCAGAUGUUUAGCUCAUUCACGCGCUAUCUUCGCCAUCGCUUCUUCUCUGCGCCUUGUGCUCCUUUUCCGUCACCGCCGUCGGCCGGGCUCGCGCGGCUCUCGAUGCAGUAAUCCGGGAGAAUAUGUGAAGAUCAUGCUGGCGGUGUGGUGCUUCAUGGUCUUUGCUGCAGUGGGCGAGAGACUCGCAGUCUCAGGUGUGGACAGGCAUCCGGUGCAGGAUGGUGGAUUGUGGGACUGGUUUACGCCGGCAUGGUGGCAGGACAGCAGGGACUCUGCAUCUGAGAUCAUCUAUCCGAAGAGGCUGGUGCAGCAGAUCGAGUCAGAGGAGGAGAUGGCUCAUGAGCACCUGGAUACCAGGGUGAAGAACAGCACCGGGAACAACCUGCCUGUCCACUUGGCACAGAGCUGUUUUCAAGUGGAAGCUUUUGGACACACCUUUACCCUGGACCUGGAGCUGAACCAUCACCUCCUGUCUUCAGAAUAUGUGGAACGGCACUUUAACAAGGACGGCAGACCCUCUCAGUCAGUGGGAGGGGAGCACUGCUACUACCAGGGAAGGUUACGAGGAUUACCAGAGUCCUGGGUGGCUCUCUCCACCUGCCAUGGCCUGUGCGGCAUGUUCUCUGACGGCUUCUUCUCCUACGGGAUUGAGCCGGUUAACAAUCAGAGUAAUCAGGAUGAUGGUGCUCACUUAAUACGCAGGAUGCCUGAUAUCAGGGUUUCCCCACAUUGCAAAGACUGUACAGAGGACAGUGAGUGGGAGAGCAGAGGAGGUGAUGGUGAUGACGACAGACCGGACCAAAUGAGGGAGCAGCAGGAAUCUGGGAGGCUCAGACGGUCCAAGAGAUAUGUUCGCAAGCCCUCUGUGCAGACUGAGACCAAAUACAUUGAGUUGAUGGUGGUCAACGACAAUGACAUGUUUGUACAGCUGCGUCGCUCGAGCAGCCAAACCAAGAACUUUGCCAAAGCAGUGGUCAACAUGGCGGAUGCGAUCUACAAGGAACAGCUGAACACGAGGAUUGUUCUGGUUGCCAUGGAGACCUGGACCUCUAAAAAUAUGAUGCCAGUAGUGGAAGAUCCAUUGAUAACGCUGCAGAACUUCAUGAAAUACAGGAAGGACAACAUCAGAGAGCAGAGCGAUGUCGUCCAUCUUUUCUCAGGACGGACAUUUCACAGCAGCCGUAGUGGGACGGCUUUCACUGGAGGGGUGUGCUCACUGACGAGGGGAGGAGGAAUCAACGAGUAUGGAAAUGUAGGUGCAAUGGCUGUCACUUUGUGCCAGAGUCUCGGCCAGAACAUCGGCAUGAGAUGGAACAAUGCACGCAACUCUGCAGGAGACUGCAGGUGUCCAGAUGCCUGGCUGGGCUGCAUCAUGGAAGACACUGGGUACUAUCUGCCCAGAAAGUUUUCUCGCUGCAGUGUUGAUGAGUACAUCCAGUUCUUGCUCCAGGGAGGAGGGAGCUGCCUCUUUAACAAGCCCAACAAGCUGCUGGACCCUCCAGAGUGCGGGAAUGGCUUUGUGGAGACAGGAGAAGAGUGCGAUUGUGGAUCCCAAGUGGAGUGUGCCCGCAGUGGAGGAGCCUGCUGUAAAAAGUGCACGCUUACCCAUGAUGCCAUGUGUAGUAAUGGCCUCUGCUGCAGUGCCUGCAAGUAUGAGCUGAGAGGAGUGGUUUGUCGAGACGCAGUGAAUGAUUGUGACAUCCCAGAAACCUGCACUGGAGAUUCAAGUCAGUGCCCUCACAAUGUCCACAAGCUGGAUGGCUACAUGUGUGACAGUAGUCAGGGCCGCUGUUAUGGUGGACGAUGCAGGACUCGUGAUGGACAGUGUAGGGGACUUUGGGGUUACAAUUCAGCAGACAGGUUCUGUUAUGAGAAGCUUAACGCUGAGGGAACAGAAAAAGGCAACUGUGGCCCAGGUCCUGAAGGCCAGGGAUGGCUGCAGUGCAACAAGCCGGAUGUUUUAUGCGGCUUCCUCUUCUGUGCCAACGUGACGAUGAAGCCAAAGUUUGGAGACCUGCAGGGUGAGGUGACCAGCUUCACUCUGUAUCACCAGAACAAGUACCUGGACUGCAGAGGGGGCCACGCUCUGCUGGAGGACGGUUCAGAUCUGGGCUAUGUGGAAGAUGGCACCCCAUGUGGUCCUAACAUGAUGUGUUUGGAGCGACGGUGCCUCCCUGUGGCGGCGUUCAACCUCAGCUCCUGUUCAGGAUCAAACUUUGGACGCAUCUGUUCUGACCAUGGGACCUGCAGUAACGAGGUGAAGUGUAUCUGCGACAGAGACUACACAGGGAAGGACUGCAGCGUCUUCGAUCCCAUCCCCGAGCCAACAGUGCCCACAGGCCCGGAGAAGAAAGGUCCCAGUGGCACCAAUAUCAUAAUAGGGUCCAUCGCAGGUGCUAUUCUCCUGGCAGCUAUAGUCCUAGGGGGAACAGGAUGGGGAUUUAAGAACAUUCGAAGAGGAAGAUCCGGAGGAGGAUAAAAUGUCUGUCUCUCUCUCUGUCUUUGUGUCCUGUCUACUCCUGUCUUCCUCCUUGCACUGUGUCGUUUCCACAUCGGAGAAGAGGAGAAGAAAAAAAAAAGUCUUCCACUCCUGUCCCACAAUCUCUCCAAACCUCUUCCGAUUGUCGUUUCCUCCACACUGUCCCUCUUUGUUGGUCCCCCCUUGCCUGGUCGAGCUCCUCUAACCAUACCAGCCCAGACCUACGUGUAUGGCUGCUGCCAGCGGACGGCUGACGAUUGUGUCCGGGCCACACUGAGAGUGAGCAGGUGGCUCUCUCUGUCUGAGGCACUGGGAUCUGCCACCGUUACAGCGGCUCUGAGAAUGUGCUUCGGUGUCGGUGUACGUCCUUUCCUCACAAUUUGGACAGUCUGAUAAAGAACAUAUCAACGGUGGACCAACUUAAUAUGAGACUUGUCUUUCCAAUGCCUGCCUGCCUGCACACAAAAACUGGCCACCACUGAAGUCCUAAAUGUUGGACUAGCACAGACUGGCCUCAUUUGAGACUUUAAAAGGAGGGGAAUGUUUCCUUUUUUAAGGAUAAGGACCUGAGGUAAAGUUCCUCCAAGGCCAGGCCUUGACUAGAGCUUGAUUCACCACUGAAUGAAACCAUACAUUGGAUUGUCAGCAUGUUUUCCAAAGAGAGUUAGGAGAGACUGAUAAUACAACAUGAUGGCUAAAGUCUAGCCAACUGUGAGCCAGAGCCCAGACUGAGUUUAUGUUCAUUGUUAUUCAUACUUUUAACCCGAGGCAUCCCGCCUGGCCCUUUCCUCCAACCACACAAGUUUUCAGGUUAAAAAAGGAAGUUAGGCGAAAUGGUUUUGGGAUCAUUUUAAACCACAUAACUUCGAAGCAGCAGAGACCGAAACUUAGUGUUUAACUACUGACCGACAUACAUUCCACAUUCUGUGUCCGUGUGCGUGCUCACUUGUGUCAGGCUUAAAAGUUUGUACGCUUUGGAGGUUAAACCUGUGUGUCUGCCAUGAGUGAAUGUACAAGUGUAAGAGAUUUUUAAAGAAAGAAAGAAUGUAUGUGUGUUUACAUUAGUGUUAGGGGCGGCCGGGUUUGUGUACACCUUCUCCUAUCACACGUAGAUAGGCUGGUUUUUACCUCUAGAUUAUUGAUUCUUUCUAUAAACUGUUGUGUGCUGCGGCCAUGGCACUAUAACUGCAGCACAUUAAUAAAUGAUCCAACAGUUUUUAUGUCCUAAAAAAUGAGCACUAGCCAACUGUAUGCACACCUAUUUGUAAAUAUGUGCAAGAUAUAAUGAAUGUUAAAUGCACUGUAUGAAGAUUUAUUUAAAGCUAUGUUAAAAUAAUGAGUUCUAUCUGUUUCAGCUGUCAGUCCUUCGACACAGCCUACAUUUUCAAAUCUCUCCAGUACUCAACGCUCUCCAUGCAUCUUUAAAUGUGGCGUAGCAGCUACACUAGCUGCCCCAAAUCCCUCUUAUCAUUCCAGCUAUCACUGAAAUGUCUUGAACCUUUUUGUACAUUUGUUGAUAGCCCCGUGCCCUGGGUGAACGAAUCAGCCCAGAGGCUCUGUGAUGACACCCCUCCCCUCUCUGUAAAUGAGAUUAAAGAGAUCUGAUCUGGGGACCAGGAGGCAGCUUGUCUGAAACUGUACGUGUGUUUGAGGUCAGUUUGGUUCAUUUGAGCUUUGCACUAUGGCAGAUGCACUAUUGUUAUUAUUACAAUAUGUACAGUUGGUAUCAAAUACAAUCUGUUUGAUUUUGAGUUCUGGGAGAAAAGAGAAAAUAAGAUGCAUCCUAUCCCAUAUUUUUAGACACUAUCUUUUGAAUUGAGAGAAAAAGAAAAGAACUAAGGCUUGUAGAUGAACUGAAAUGGAAAGACAAUAAAAUAUUUAAAGAUGA